AUGCAAGCCCAUAGCGAGGCUAAUAACCCAGAUUUAGGGCAAUCGCCCAAUUUUAUGAGAACUCAACGUGUUAUAACUACUGGUUCGAGUGAUGUCAAUUCAUCAACUUCUUCAACGACAACUCCUGUAACACCCUUGUCCCAGGAACAAUUAAAUAACUUGAAACUUCAGAUCUUAGCUUUUAAAUUGAUUUCACGUAAUAUGCCUUUGCCACUGCCAUUACAGACUGCAAUGUUUUCACCUAAUCAAGUAGGUCAAGUGUCAACGCAAGAGUUGAUUAACACAUCUUUACCUGGAAAAAUUAUUGAAGCAUCCCAUAAUCAUCAUGCAUAUUCGCAUGGGUCACAUACAUCGAAUUGUUCUCAAGCGGAUAAUUCUUCUUCCGUUCAAUCACAAAAGUCUUACAAUUCUUAUACAAAUCCGCUCGUAUUUUUAAAACCAAUUAAUAUCUAUUCUCAUUCAUCUCGACAACAAAGAUUAAUGAUCCCCUCAAUAACGCCUGUUGGGCUUGACCCCCAAGACAUUGCUGAUGAAAGAGAACGGCAAUUGAAUGCUGCUGCAGAGCAAAGAGUUCUCGAAUUUAAAAAUAUAUUGAAGCUAGGUGGAUUAUCUGAAGAAGAUAGAAUAAAAACAAAGAUUUUAUACUUGGCAAAUAAACAUAAGCAUUUACAAGAUAAGGUCCGCCGAGCUGUUGUUAAAGGUAUGAGUCAUGCAAAUCCGGCCACAACAGGCGAGCGGGCGACUUAUAGGAGAAUGAAAAAACAAUCAAUACGAGAUGCCAGGGUCACUGAUAAACUUGAGAAACAACAACGAGAAAAUAGGCAACGUUGCCAAAGACAAAAACAUUUGGAUUAUUUGCAAAAAAUAGUGAACCAUAAAGCUGACAUGAAUCAAUGGCAUCGUACAAAUCAAAAUAAACAACUUAAAUUUGGUCGUGCUGUUUUGAGUUAUCAUUCUCAAGUUGAAAAGGAAGAGCAAAAGAGAGAAGAGCGUCUACGCAAGGAACGUUUAAGAGCCUUAAAAAAUGAUGAUGAAGAAGCUUAUUUAAAACUCAUUGACCAAGAAAAAGAUACCAGAAUUACACAUUUGUUAAGACAAACAGAUGCAUAUCUAGAAUCAUUGGCUCAAGCUGUUGUUGAACAGCAACAUGACGAUUUACAUAACGAUCCUUCAGUGAGAGGUGGUAUUGAAUUGAUGGACGAAGACGACGAAGAAGAAGUUACUUACACUUUUGUGAAUGGUCAAAAAGUUGAAUAUUAUAGAGUCGCACAUAGAAUUAAAGAGGAAGUUGAACAGCCUAAAAUGCUUGGAGGAGGUGUUCUUAAAGAUUAUCAAGUUAAAGGGUUACAAUGGAUGGUAUCAUUAUAUAACAAUAGAUUAAAUGGUAUUCUUGCUGAUGAAAUGGGUUUGGGUAAGACUAUUCAAACCAUAUCUUUGAUAACAUAUCUUGUCGAAAGAAAAAAACAAAAUGGACCAUUCUUAAUUGUAGUUCCAUUAACUUUGACUAAUUGGACAAUUGAAUUCGAUAAGUGGGCACCAUCUAUCAGAAAAUGUGUUUAUAAAGGAAGCCCUGGUGUUAGAAAAGAACUUCAACAAUUAUUUAUCAAGCAUAUUGACUUUCAAGUUCUCCUUACAACUUAUGAAUAUAUUAUUAAAGACAAAUCCAUAUUGAGUAAAAUAAGAUGGGUCUACGUGAUUAUUGAUGAAGGUCAUCGUAUGAAAAAUGUCAAUUCUAAAUUGUCUAUUAUUUUGACCAACAAUUAUCAAUGUCGGUAUCGUCUAAUUCUUACCGGAACUCCUUUGCAGAACAAUUUGCCAGAGUUAUGGUCACUGUUGAAUUUUAUUUUGCCCAAAAUUUUUGAUUCAGUGAAAAGCUUUGACGAAUGGUUUAACACCCCAUUUGCAAAUACUGGUGGUCAAGAUAAAAUAGCUUUGAACGAAGAAGAGUCUUUACUUAUUAUCAAACGUUUACACAAGGUGUUACGUCCUUUCUUGUUACGUCGGCUAAAGAAGGAUGUUGAAUCAGAAUUACCAGACAAGGUCGAAACAGUCAUCAAAUGCAAACUUUCUUCAUUGCAAUUAAAAUUAUAUAGUCAAAUGAAUAAACAUGGAGUUUUGUUUGUUAAUAAAGGAGUAAAAGGAAAAACUGGUAUCAAGGGUUUGAAUAACACCAUAAUGCAAUUGCGAAAAAUUUGUAAUCAUCCAUUCGUCUUUGAAGAAGUUGAAAAUGAUCUCAAUGGUAAUGGGAUCACUCGUCCUAUAAAUUCCCCAAUUACUACAAAUCCUUUGAUUUAUCGGGUUUCUGGGAAAUUUGAAUUGUUAGAUAGAAUAUUACCUAAAUUCUAUGAAACAAAUCACAGGGUAUUAAUUUUCUUCCAAAUGACAGCUAUUAUGAGUAUAAUGGAGGAUUUCAUGUUAUGGAGAGGUUAUAAGUACUUGCGUUUGGAUGGUACUACAAAGGCGGAUGAGCGUUCAAUCCUUUUGAAGCAAUUUAACUCUGAAAAUUCGGAUUAUUUCGUGUUUUUGCUUAGUACUCGUGCUGGUGGUUUAGGUUUAAACUUGCAAAGCGCCGAUACUGUUAUAAUUUUUGAUUCAGACUGGAAUCCUCAUCAAGAUUUACAAGCACAAGAUCGCGCACAUCGUAUUGGGCAGACAAGAGAAGUUCGAAUUUUACGUUUGAUCUCACAAAGAUCAAUUGAGGAAGCAAUUUUAGCUCGAGCUCAGUAUAAAUUGGACAUUGAUGGGAAAGUUAUUCAAGCUGGUAAAUUUGAUUUAAAGAGCAAUGCGCAAGAGCGAGAAGAAUUCUUGAAAGAGAUUGAGAUAUUCAAACAAAUGGAUAUUGAAAGAAAUAAAAGGGAAGAACAAGAAUGGAGACGAAGUGGUGGUACUGGAAAACGUCCAUCGAGAUUAAUUGAAGAAUAUGAGUUACCACAAGUAUAUAGAAAAGAAUAUGAUACAAUUGUACAAAACUCAGAUUCUACUAUAUAUGGUCGCGGGCAAAGACCAAGAGGUUCAGUUCAUUACGAUGAUGGAUUGACAGAAGAACAAUGGGUUAAUGCGAUUGAAGAUGUAGAAAUAGAUGUUGACGAUUUGAUCGCAAAAAAACAAGCAGCAAAAAAACGACGUCUUGCUAAAAAGAGUCAAAAGUUAACAUCUCAAAAUCCAAACGAAACAUCACAGCAAUCUACUCCACAUCCAGAAGAGAUAAGGUCAGAUAAUGAGUCUAAGAAAAAACGUGGUCGCCCUAGGAAAGAUGAUGUACAAAAUUAUGAUGAUAAUAUGGCCGAAUCUUCAAAGUCUGCAAAGAAAAAGGGUAAAGGAAAGCGUGUAGAAAUAGUUGAAUACGAUGCCGAGACAAAAAUUAAAAAACGUAAAAUGACCAAAAAAAGCCAAAGAGAAGAGGGCCCUGACACAAUCCCUCAAACUAUAAGAGAAAAACAGAAAUCCAUUUUCACAACGAUAUACAACCACAUUGAAAAUUUGACAGAUGAAAGCGAAGGAAUACCACGGCAACGUUCAUUUCUCUUCCUUGCUCUUCCUAGCAAAAAAGAUUACAAUUAUUAUUAUAAGAUAAUACAGAAACCCAUUGCAAUGGACAUGAUUAGACGAAAGAUUAAAAAUAAUGUUUAUCAAACAGUAACUCAAUUCAAGGAUGAUUGGCAUUUGAUGUUCAAUAAUGCUAAAAUUUUUAAUGAAGAGGGUUCACAGGUCUACAAUGAUGCUUUAAAGAUGCAGGAAGAAUUUGAUGCAAAAUUCGAAGAAUAUUGUCCGGGAGGGCAACUUCCAGUGGAUGAUUAUGAGAUGGAAUUCUAA